AUGUCCGCCACAAUGAGGUCGGCCCGACUGGUGCGCCAUACCACCGCAUUGCGGCCGGCGCUGACAGCUCGCAGUCGCGCCAGCGCAUUGGGCCCUGCUUGGCUGGCUGCGGCCAACAGCCUUCUGUACAAUGGCCGCGGCAUUCCAUCGCAAGUGUCUGCCCUCGCCAUUCUCCUUCCCCAGCGUGGUUAUGCCACCGAGCACAACACAUCGACCUCAUCCCAGUCAUACCCGCCGCCUGGUUUCAAUGCCGAGCAAGCGAAGAAGCCUCUGCCGCAGGACCAAGCCCAGAACGUCAAGCCUGCUACCUCAUCGCAAUCCGAUGUUGCCAAGGUCCCAGCGCGUGAUGCGACCUCUAAGGCUGGUGCUGUAGAGGGGGGCAAGAACCUUGCCGAGGAGAAAAAGGAGGCUAAGAAAUUGACCAUUGGUCAGAAGAUUAAGAAGGAGGUCCAACACUACUGGGAUGGAACGAAACUACUUGCCACAGAGGUGAAGAUUAGUUCGCGAUUGGCGCUGAAGAUGGCGGGUGGCUAUGAGCUCAGCCGGAGAGAGCACCGUCAGCUACAACGUACCGUUAAGGAUCUUGGUCGUUUGGUUCCGUUCUCGAUGUUUGUCAUCGUUCCCUUCGCUGAGCUCCUCCUUCCUAUCGCCCUGAAGCUCUUCCCCAACCUCCUUCCCAGCACCUAUGAGGGCCAAAGGGGCCGGGAGACCAAGGCUCUGAAACUGAGUUCGACCCGCAAGGAAGUCUCUACCUUCCUGCGUAACACUCUUCGUGAGACCGGGCUGCCCUUGACCGCGGCCACCGUCAAGAACGAGGAGUUUGCCGACUUCUUCCGCAAGAUUCGUACUACGGGCGAGUCGCCCUCCACCGAAGACGUUAUCAAGGUCUGCAAGAUCUUCAAGGAUGACUUGACCCUUGACAACCUGUCACGCCCUCAGCUGGUCGCCAUCUGCCGCUAUAUGAACCUGAACUCGUUCGGUACCGAUGCCAUGCUCCGCUAUAACAUCCGCCACCGCAUGCGCCAGAUCAAACGCGACGAUCGGGCCAUUUCUUACGAGGGUGUGAACUCGCUGUCCGUGCCUGAGCUGCAGAUGGCUGCAGCCAGUCGCGGUAUCCGCACGCACGGCGUGUCUCCCGCUCGACUGCGCGAGGACCUGUCCAUGUGGUUGGACCUGCGCCUGAAGCAGGGUGUCCCCUCGACCCUGCUGGUCCUUAGCAACGCCUACAUGUACACUCAGGGCGGCAAGGAGUCCGAGAUGGCUUCUCAGAUUGACGCGCUCAAGUCGGUCCUCUCCAGUAUCCCCGAAGAACUCUUCCACGAGAUCGAGCUCGAGGUGCACAACGCCGAGGGCGCCGCUACCAACAAGCAGCGUCUGGAGGUACUCAAGGAGCAGGAGGAGCUGAUCGAGGAGGAGAACAGCGAGAACGAGGGCAAGGGUGUGACCGCCCCCAAGGACAUCGAGGAUAUCGAUGAGAAGGAGGAGCACAAGAGCGAGGCUGCCGCUGACGGCACUAAGGAGCAGUCCUCCGAAGCGACGGAGGCGAUGGCCGAGGGUGCAAAGGCCGGGGAGACGCCUGCCGCCAAGGAGGAGAAGAAGACGGGCCAGAGCUCAUGA